AUGAUCAGAAUGUCCUUGCUGAUCUUCUGUGCUCUCGCAACAUUAGCUUUUGCCGCUCAUCCUCUUGUGCAGGAGCUGCGAGAAUAUCCAUGUGUGGACGGUGUAAAUAACGUGGUGACACUUGAAGACAUUGACACAGCGGGUACCAAAGUCCAUGUGGAUGGUGUUGUUGCACAGCUGUACGAUGCGAAUAACAACCCAUCGUGCAAAAAGGGCAAACCGAUGGUCGCAAUGCCAGGAUUGAUCAGGCUCGUGAAAGGCAAAAUCAUUGUCAAGGAAGGAACAGAUAUUAAGCGUUCCGCAGUAGCCAGAUGGACAAUCAAAUUUAAGAAGUUGAUUAAGACUUAUACUGUGUGCAAGGAUGGCGUGAAAGAUACUAUCCUCCCCAUCCCAAAUGUAGAUAAAGUUUGCAAACAAGACAUCUCAGACAUUGGUGACUUUGCCAAGGUGCUUGCCACACCAGGAGAGUAUGACUUAGAAGAGAUUCUAAAAACUGCCGGUGUGAACGCUAAGAUUAAGAUACCAGAAGUCAGUGGCGUAAUCAGCGGAGCCGUCAAGGGUAAUUGGCAAGCUGCAUUGAAAUUCGAAUCUGAAGGAAAGACCAUUGCUCACAUCAAGGCACCAAGUAAUGAUUGGCUCUACGUUGAGUAGAUUAUGGAAAGUUGUGAUAGUAAAAAGCGUUGAACGAAUUCCAC